ACAAUUGUUUGAUCAAAAAAUUUUGUUCCCACGCAUAGAUGCAAAUUAUCAAAAUACGCCUCUCCCUUCCCACGGACCACUUUAAGGCUGCACAAUGGCAAAGAAAGUGUCGCUUUUGUUUCUUUUUCUAACAUUUUCUGCGGUUACCUCAGCACCUGCAGAACGAACAAAGGUCUUAAUUCUGGGCGCUGGUGCAGCAGGAAUUACUGCUGCCAAAACCCUUCACGAUCAGGGAAUUGAUGACUUUAUUGUUCUGGAGGGACAAGAUUAUAUCGGUGGACGAAUAAAACAGGCAUCGUUUGCUGGUAUGAAGGUGGAAUUAGGAGCCAACUGGAUACAGUUUGCAAAUGAAAAAGAUAACCCACUGAUGUUGUUAAGAAACAAGUACAACUUGACCGGUCAUUCAUCCAAUUUCAACGACGUUCGUAUCAGGUAAGAAAGAAAUGAAAAGUAACUAACUACGGCUUGGUGACGCUAUCCACUGGCAACUGUACAGUUUAGUUCUAAUCAACUAGAAGCACUAAGACAAUCUCAAAAAGAAACUUAAGACCAGAGUAAUCCGCACCUAAAGCAACAUGAUAUAUAUGUAGCAUUAUCGACUCUUCGAAUGUCCUAUUCGGCUUAUUAACUGCUACAAUAACUCCAAAUAAUUCAACAUCAUAGCAGCGACAGUCUCAAAACAGCAGGCUUUUGGAUCAUGUUUUGUGUUUAUCAUGUGACUGAGGAAUUCAUGCACAGUACCCUGUACGUCAUGAUCGAUCGCGUGAUUUCGUAUUUUUAAAGUCACGAAGAGCAGUCAGCUCCUGACGAAGAGUUGUUUUGACUUCACAGAAAAUGGUCCGUUAAUCUUUCAUCAAGCAGGGUCAGUUGUCUAAAGAAUCUUUAGUUACUAUUUAAAACUAUUUUAAAAUCAUCACAGGUACAAUCCACACAUGAAAUAGCACAGCAAGAUGACAUUUUUAGCACCCGAACAACUUUUUCACACUGUUAAUUAAAACUUACUUUGGAAAGGGCAUUGGAGCGUACCACUUAGAGAAAUAACAUCAUUGUGAUGUGUUGGUGUGUGUAUGAAUGACAUUAUACUUCGGAGACGAUCGGAGGCAGUAUGCAAAUUUCAGCUACAGGCUGAUGUGUAAUUCUGUCCUCCCAGUUCUCUAACAGUUGGGGUAAGGUGGGGAUGGCUCUCUCCAAUCCCCACAGAACAAUUGUGGCAAACUGCGUAAGACUAACAACUCAAAUACCCCGUUUCCGAUCACAUGGUUAGCGCCCAUGUUGGAUAAAUGAACGAAAAAAGAACGUGCUUAACAUAAGAAGUCUUCAAUUGCCACAGGAAUGUCUUGAUAUACCAAUAUGACCGUUGAUUUAACUGUAAGCAUUAAAAAAGUUCCAAGAUUUCAAAUUCCAGACGGUAUGUAUGCGUUUUAACAAGCAGUGUUUACUUCGUUACUGUAAAAAUUGGGGGGAAGAAACUUGGCUAGACCAAAUUCAAUUUCUUGAAAAUUUGAACUUUCAAAGAUUGCCGAGUUCUUAUUCGACGUAGAUCGAAUUUAAUAUUUUACAUUGUUUUCUUUCUUUAUCCUUAGAAAUAUUCACAGUCACGGAGCCGGCGAAAGGGCUGACAUGGAAGUGUUUAACGAAUGGCGCAAGAAACGUGAAGAGCUCUUUGAGAUGGGAGAGCAGAGAAGUGAAGAAGAUGUUCCACCAAGAGAUAUGCCAGUCUCAACUGCACUUCAAAUGCUUGGCUGGACUUCUGACACUCCCUUGAAAAAAGUUCUUUCAUGGCUUGACAUCGAUUUCGAGUAUGGCGAGAAUGAACAUGUGACGUCAUUGAAUAACGUGGGUCCACCUGGAGAGGACUUCUUCAUUACUGAUCAAAGAGGAAUCUGGACUCUUUUUAGCGAUUUUUACUCAAGUUUUGAAGAGAAAAUAUCACUGAACAAAACAGUGGUUCAAGUCAAGUACGACAACAAUGGUGUGGAAGUCAUCACAGCCGAUGGCGACACCUUCUCUGCAGACUACGGUUUGUGUACCUUUAGUUCUGGAGUCCUGCACAGUGAGUCAGUAAAGUUCGACCCUCCCCUCCCAGAUUGGAAAAAAGAAGCCAUUUAUCGCCUUAGGCCGGUUUACAUGACAAAGAUUUUCCUCAAGUUUCCUAGCGACUUCUGGGAUGAUAAUGAGUGGAUCUUGCAUGUUUCGGUUCCGAAUGCAGCGCAUUUUCCCGCCUUUUUUGAUCUUGAUCGAACCGGGUUUUUCCCUGGAUCAACCGCUCUGUUUACAACAGUGACGGGUGAUGAAGCAGUAAGAGUAGAAGCUCAGGAUGAUUCUAAAACCAAGGAAGAAGUGAUGGAAGUGCUUAGAAGCAUGUAUGGUUCAAACGUGACAAACGCAACAGGUAGUUGACUAUCAACCUUGCUAAUGCACUAGUAAUUGACCGACAGAAAUGCCAUCUCUAGAUCUUAACUUUUGUUAGGUGAAAAUGAAUAAGAUACGAAAAGGUCGUCAUUAAGUUUCCAUGCAAAUCGGUGUUAAUGAAGUUUAGUAUAAAGAAAUGAUUUUGUUAGACUGACUAAAUAGAAACUACCAAUUGAUUGAUUCUUGAUUGAUCUCUGACGGAGUGACUGAAUUGAUCGUUCCACCAACUGACUGAUUAAAAUCGAUCGGUCGAUCGAUCAACCGAUCAAUUGACUGAUUGACGGAGGCAGUUGUCUGGUUGUUCGACUUACUAACAUAACCUGCUUAUGCUUUGCUGGUGGGCUAUUAUUCAUUUUGGCGCAGAUUUUAUAACAAUUAAAAUACCGUAAAAUUCCGAAAAUAAGUUCCUCCAUGUAUAAGCCCCUCCAAGUAUAAGCCCACCAAACUCGUAACGCAAAAACCCUCCGUUAAAUCGCCCCUCCAAAUAUAAGCCCCGCAAGGGCUUGUGCUUGGAAAUUGACCUCAAAUACAAAGUAAAGAAAAGCAAAAACGGUAAAUUUCCUUGAAACUAUAAAGCUAGCCCAAUCGAUUUUGAAACGCAAAUUUCCCUCCAUAGAUAAGCCCCUCGAAAUAUAAGCCUCUCAAAGAGGGCCUUUGAAGAAUAGAAGCCCCGGGGCUUAUUUUAGGAAUUUUACCGUAAUGAAAUAGAAAAGUAAUGACUUUUCUUUCUUCUAUUUGAAGAAAUUUUGGUGAGCAAAUGGUCGCAAAACCAGUUCACUUUGGGAUCCUGGACAGACCCGGUAAUCGGCACUGACGCAUCCGUCUUCGCGAACAUGGCAGGUCGAGUAAAAAAAUUAUUUUUCGCUGGUGAGGGCACACAUGGAGAAUGGUACAGCUUCAUGCAGGGAGCGUACUUGAGUGGACGUGAUAAAGCCAAGGAAAUAGCGGCGUGUAUCGAGGGAGAGAAGUGUGAGCCAUACCAACCUUCCACAGGACUACCAGUGAUAGUUAAAACACAGGACUGCCAUGUGAAGAGCAUGGCAUCCCAUAUACAAAUGUUGCCUGUUGUCAAUCUUCUGUUUUGGUUCAUGUUUGUCAUCGGUUGUUCUUAGUUUGAUAAUUAAGUAUCUCAGCAGUAGAAUGUUUUAAAAGUUGAUUAGCUUAAAACUGAUCAGUUCACUUACUCAAUCGACAAAGUACACUGAAAAAAGGAAGGUUGCUCUAGUGUGUGAUAACUCUGUCUACCGUUUGUCGCACAAUAGUCACUUAAUUGCUGCUCACGACUUUUCGACUAUUUCGACCACCUACUAUUUACGUUUAUAAGGCGAUAAUACCAAAUGGCAGUUGUCAAUUGAUGCAAUUUCAAUUUCAUCUUAUGAUUUGAAGAACUUAUUCUUCACCUGAAUUUAAAUACAAUUUUCUUCACUAAAGUGGAGUUGAAUGGGGGAUUGCUUACCAGCGAUUCAGAGAGAGAUAUACCUACCACAAUACUGUAGAAAUUCUGUAGGUUACCGCUCUCAGUUAACUAGCCCGCCCCCGGUCCAAC